CUCAUCCACAGUGCAAAGUUUGAAGACGUGUUGCUCGACUGCUGUUUGUGCUGUGAACUCACAGCAACUAUUUACCACACAUUUUUCCCCUAUCGUGGUCCAGGUGGCAGCUCUGACGGUGCAAGAUGUCUGUCGCAGGACUUAAGAAGCAGUUUUACAAAGCUAGUCAGAUGGUGAGUGAGAAGGUUGGAGGUGCAGAGGGAACCAAACUGGAUGAAGACUUCAAGGACCUAGAAAGGAAAGCAGAUGUUACCAGCAAAGUAGUUGUGGAAGUCAUCGGUAAGACAUCAGAGUACCUCCAGCCCAACCCAGCAACAAGAGCUAAGCUUUCCAUGCUCAACACUGUGUCCAAAAUCCGUGGGCAGGUGAAGAGUCCAGGUUACCCCCAGCCUGAGGGUCUCCUGGGGGAGUGUAUGACUAAAUAUGGACAGGAGAUGGGCGUGGACACCAACUUCGGUGCGGCUCUAGUAGACAUAGGAGACUCAAUGAAAAGAAUGGCCGAGUUCAAGGACUCUUUGGAUAUCGAUGUGAAGCAGAACUUUAUUGACCCACUGCAGGCCGUCGCUGAGAAGGACAUCAAAGACAUUCAGCACCACCUCAAGAAGUUGGAGGGCCGUCGUCUAGACUAUGACUAUAAAAAGAAACGUCAAGGUAAAAUCCAAGAUGAAGAAAUCAGGCAGGCCCUGGAGAAGUUCCACGAGUCCAAAGACCUGGCUGAGUGCUCUAUGCACAACCUGCUGGAAACAGAUGUGGAGCAGGUGAGUCAGCUGUCUUCCUUUGUGGAGUCUCUGCUGCAGUACCACAAACAGGUCUCACAGGUCCUGGAGGGGCUUUCUGACAAACUGAAAGAAAGGGUAAAUGAUGCUCAGUCUCGUCCAAGACGUGAAUACACACCCAAGCCCAGACCAGCUUUUGACUUUGGAGAAGUAGAACAGUCAAACGGAGGAUACGCGCCAGCUGCAUCAAGCCCUCCAGCUUACUCGCCUGCCGCAGCACAAUAUCAAGGUCCAUACUGCCAAAGAACCUCCAUCAAGAGCAGAUCGCGUGAGCCAUGCUGUAAAGCCCUGUAUGACUUUGAGCCAGAGAAUGACGGAGAGCUGGGCUUCCACGAGGGCGACAUCAUCACCUUGAUCAGUUACAUCGAUGAGAACUGGUAUGAAGGAGCCCUUCGCGGAAAAUCAGGAUACUUCCCCAACAACUAUGUCGAAGUGGUGGUGCCUCUGCAACACUGAAAACAGCAAGGCAAGAGGGGUUGGAGAUGGGAGGAUAGAGGCUUAUCAAUUCAGUUACCAAAAGAUAUUUCUCUUUUCUGUAAUUAAAGGGUAAACAUCUCAAGACAGUGACCAAAUUGUAUCUUAGGGUUAUUUGAGUAAAGAGGACACUUUUUUUAAAAAAAUUCUGUCAAGAUUUAAUGGAUUCUUAAGAACCAUAGGGCUGUUCAAUCAGAAAAAUGACAGCAUGAUGUUUGGGUGCAUUUACCAUAUCCUGAGUCUUUAUAAUCAUUGUCUAUUGCACCUAUGCACUUUGUACACUACACCUCUAUUACCAGGACAGAAGGAAAAAAGACCAGGAGACAAUGGCAUCUAUAAAGACUUGUGCUGCAGUACCCACAAACACUAAGAAGUGCAACUACUUUAUUUUUCGUAUUUUAUAUUCACAAAAUGACAUAUUUUGUUCCGUGUAUUGUUCAUCUUGGUACUACACACAUGCAUGUAUGUGCAACUAUACCUCUAAGCACUGUUUUCUACACUCCCAUCUUUAAACUCUGUACCUUCCGGCUUUAGCGCUGUUGUUGUCGUUGACUUGAGAGAGUCAACAUGGACGACUGGCUGCCUUUUGUCGAUCUUUGACACUAUCCUCCACUGCCAUCUGGUGGUGCUAAGGGUUGUUCUCAGCUGUUUAUUUGAGUGGCACUGUCAUAUGAUUUCUGUUUGUUAUCUCUCACCAAAUCCACACUGGGUGGCUUUUCCUAGGUUUUAAUAUGAAUAUAUUUUCAAAUACAAAUAUAUACACAUUAAAAAAACUUCAAAACAUCAGGAGUCGUUCAGUAGAUAACAACUCACUACCGUUUGUAACUGUUCUGGAGUUGCCAUUUUUGUAGUAAUUUGCCAUUUUAGCAUUAUCAGAAAGUUUUAGACGUCACUUUUUAAAAACAUGAUGGACCCAGAAAUGCACUUCCUUUAUUUGUACAUUUAUCUCACUAAUUGUUAGGAAGCCAUCGCACAGCUCUUGAGUUGUUUUAUUUUAAAGCACUCCAACUUCAUGUUUCUUAGCACUGAUGCCAAAGAAAAGUUGCCCAUAUUCCCAAAUUGCAGGAGGCUGUUUUUUUUGUUCUUAAAAUACAUGUAUUUCAUACAGACUGAUGCAUGAAAUUCAGUAAAAUAGUUAAGCUGGUUCUAUGCAAUGAUUAUCUUCUCCCAACUCUUAAUAUUGUGCAGCUUUACACCAAAGCAAAACCCUAUACAUCCUUUAGUUCCUCCGUUUUCUCAGGCUCUAUUGAUACUGCUGGCAGUGUCACUCACAAUAUUUUGAGGGCUUUUAUUGAACUGUUUGUCCAUGAAUUUUCUGUCUGUGAUUUGUUUUCCCCCUCGGUGCUGGGGUAAGCUUGGCUUUAGUACUCCAACCUAUAAUUUGGAGCAUGGAAAUUUAUCUGAAGUGUGUUUGGUGUUUUUGUACCUGCCUCUGUUUUCAGCCUGAAACUGUGCAUCGGACCUGAUAGAAAAUGCUAUUUCCCGGUUAUUGUGUACUCAAUUUACAAAUAAUGAGGAAGGUCUAUACACAAUGGCCGGUUUCAGUUCCAAUUAAGCCUUUUACAAGCAAACUAUGACCUGUCAGGGUUUGUGCUGUUCACUAAAAUGCCAACUUUCUCCUCUUGUCAUGAUCCCCUUGUUAGACCGCCCCCAGCUCCACUCAUCUCUCCCAUCUCCAUUUAGACUGGGAGUGGAACAGACAGGUCUUUUCAGAAGGGAAGGGCACACAGCAGUGGAUUAUGCCCUCCCCCACUAGUCUUUAUUCACCACCUGCCCUUAUACUCCUACCCCCUCUCUCAUUAUCUGCCCCAUCCCAAGCCCAUGGUGCCUCUGGACCUCAGCCUCCUGGCCCAUACUUGGAAUAAUACUCUCAUUGCUAUCAUAGUAUGUACCUCUUAAUGUUAUGUUCUGAUGUCUCCUCUGUUAUUCAUAGUAUGUUUUGGGCCUGGGGGGGGGUUGACUGUGCUGAGUAAUAGCCGUGGUUCAGGUGCAGGUUUACAUGCCUCAUUACACUAAAUCAGAGGCCCUCAGUUUGUGAUAAAAGGAGGGUCAGAUGCUCAGGAUGAGCUGUUAUAUAGCUUGCAUAAUAUUGACGAUGAAUAAUGUGGAACAAAGGGCUAAGAUCAAUUUUUGUGGGCUGCUGCUGUCACAGCUGAAAUAGCUGUCCGAAUGCUGCAGCUGACAUCUUAAACACUAAAUCCUGUGCCUGAACUUUGCAAUAUUGAUGAAUGAAGUAUUAACAGCCUUAAAGCUUUAUUUCAAUCUUAAUGAAGUUUUUCUGUAUAUAUAUAUAUUAAAAAAAGGAACUUUUUUGCAUGUGUCUUCAUUACAGCUUUAGUCUUAUGCAAUGCCUUGUUUUUGUAACUGUGACUUUAUGGGGACACUAGAAGUGGGAUUAUCCUGGAUUAUCUUUAGGAUGUAUGGAUUACCUCUGUACUAAGUGUAAUCUUGUGUAUUGUAUGUUUAUUAUUGUGUAUGAAUGUAUGCUAUUCAUUUGUUUAGUCAAAUAAAUGCUAAGUAAUUUGUC